AUGUGUACAUGUAUGUAUCUAUUAAUGAAUUGUCGGAAUAUCUUGAUCUCUCUCUUCCUCUAUCACUCUCUCUCUCCCUGUCUCUCUCUCUCUCUCUUUCAGAUUUCCCUUUUACCAGGACGUUUAUCUUGCCUUAAUUUCAUCUCUCUCUCUCUCUCUCUCUCUCUCUCUCUCUCCCUCUGUCUCUCUAUCUAUCUUUUUCAGAUUUUUCCAUUUUACCAGAACGUUUAUCUUGCCUUAAUUUCAUCUCUCCCUCUCACCCACAUUCCGCCGUCUCUAUCUCACAUUUUUCCAUUUUUCCUGAACGUUUAUCUUGCCUUAAUUUCUCUCUCUCUCUUUUUUUUCCUGUCAAUUCUUCACAUCUGUUUCCUUCUUUUUGUGGGGGGGGGGCCUCUAUUCCUGCUUUCUUUUCUUUUCUUUUUUUCUUUUCUUUUUUGUUGCUCCUGUUCCCUUUCUCUCUCUAUCUUUCAUAUUUUGAGUGUAUCGCAGUCUCUCUCUAUCUAUCUAUCUAUCUAUCUAUCUAUCUAUCUAUUAGUAUUACUCUGUUGUUCCUAUCUAUUUAUCUGUCACAUUUUGUUCGUAUCUAACUCUCUAUUUAUUUGUUUAUCUAUCUAUCUAUCUAUCUAUCUAUCUAUCUAUUUAUUUAUCUACCUCAAUGUGCUUCCAUCUAUCUCAUUCUGUUCAUAUCUAUCUAUCUAUCUAUCUACCUCAUUCUGCAUAUCUCAUUCAUUCUAUUCUUUUUUGUGUGACAGUUCCCGGCGUUCAUUUUCUUUCCUUUUUCUUCUCUUACUUUUCAUUCUCUUUGCUUACUUUAGUUUUCUUCUGAUGUUGUGCUUCUUUUCUUUUCUUUUUUUUUGUCUUUCUGUCAUGAGUUACCAUUAUCCUUUUCGUCUUCAUUUGCUUUUUGAUUUCGUUCAUCAUUGUAUUUAUUUUUCUUUGCCUCUCCUGAAUAGUUGUUUAUUUUCCAUCCUUAUCUACAUUACCCUCCCGUCUUACACGUUUCCUUUCUUCCUUUAUACCCAAUCGCUUUUCUCUUUAAUGUGUUUUACAUCGAUUUCCCUCAUUUGA